CGUUAGGUGACGGUAACCAGCUCCCCCGAAAAAUAUCCGCAACUACAAAGUCCCCCAUCGCACUGCCACAGGGACACUCUCUCAUUUCCCUCGCAUUUUCUUCCUCUCAGUUCUCUCGGUAUUCUUCAUUCGAGCUUCGAAUAACAAUGUCAGGUCCUCAGUGCUGUGAAAAUCCACCAACCUUGGACCCUAACAGUGGAACAGGCCAUGUGGAGAAGCUUGCCGGUCUUGACACCUACGUCGUCGGCUCUCCUGCCUCAAACCGUGCCAUCCUUCUCAUUUCUGAUAUUUUCGGAUUUGAGGCUCCAAACUUGAGGAAACUGGCAGACAAGGUUGCAGCCGCUGGAUACUAUGUGGCAGUUCCCGACUUCUUUUAUGGAGAUCCAUAUGUGCCUGAGAAUACUGAUCGGCCAGUACUUGUUUGGUUGAAAGAUCAUGGAGCGGAUAAGGGAUUCGAGGACACAAAGCCGGUUAUUGAAGCUCUUAAGAGUAAAGGUAUAUCAACAAUUGGGGCUGCUGGCUUCUGUUGGGGAGCUAAAGUUGUAGUUGAACUGGGGAAGUGUGAGCUUAUUCAAGCUGGUGUCUUUUUACAUCCUUCUUUUGUUACUGUGGACGAUAUAAAGGCUAUUAAGGUACCGCUUGCAGUAUUAGGGGCAGAAACUGAUCACGUCUCUCCACCCGCACUCUUGCUCCAAUAUGAAGAAGUCUUGAAAACUAGACCCGAGAUUGACAGCUACGUGAAGAUAUUCCCCAAAGUUGCACAUGGCUGGACUGUAAGAUACAAUGUUGAAGAUGCAGAAGCGGUGAAAGCUGCAGAAGAGUCUCACGAGAACAUGCUGGAGUGGUUUGUCAAGUAUGUCAAAUGACAAACUUCUUGUUGAAGAAAAUCUUGUGUACUAUCUAUAGUACAACUCUGUUGCUAAGAUCAUAGUAAUUAUUAAAACGGCUCAACAGAGCUGGAUAAUUAGAUGUUCAUGUACUGCAAAAAACUAAGAACCAAGAAAUUUUUGGGUUCACAAUAAUAAAACAGGGUUAGCAAUAAUGCCA